GUCGCAUCGCGGCCAAGGAAAUGGACACGGACGUGGGGGAUUUCGGCAGGCGCAUGGAGCGCGGAGACGUGCGCCCGGAGGACAGAGAGCGCCUGGAGGCGCUGCUGAGGCGACUGACCGAUCCUGCGCCGCCCGCAGCGCCGGCGCCGCCGGCCGUGCCUGUCGUCCCCACAGCGUCCAUCGCGCCUGCCGCCCCCGGUUCGACCGGCCAGCCGAUCCUCAUGCUGCUGCGCAAGGAAGACCCCGAGGAGCUCAGGGUGGGGAGGCUGGGGCCCAAGCUGAUGCCCGAGGCGGCGGGAGCGCCGCGCCUGAAGACGGGUGGGUUCGACGAACGGUGGAAUCGACGCGAGAUCGCCGCGGAGUGGGCAAGGGGCCGGAGAGGUGGUGCAGUUCUCGUGUUGACUCGGGGCUCUGCGCGCCCGGGUGUCCGCGCCGCCCCGCGACGCAGCCCUCUCGCGUGUCGCAAGUGCUUCACGGUGGCGUUCGACACUCGCAGCGCCGAGUGCACUGAACCCUUCUGUCACCCUCUGAUGUGA